AGCCCAGUCUCCCUCAGCCUUUCCUAGAGCGGGGGCCAGGGACAAAGAUCUCCCAGCAGAGGGAAAGAGACGGUUGUGUGGACAAACUCUCCUGAAAGAAGGAUGCCGCAGCUGAGCCUGGCCUGGCUGGGACUGGGGCCGGUAGCAACCUCCCCGUGGCUGCUGCUGCUGGUGGUCUGGUCCUCAUGGCUCCUGGCCCGCAUCCUGGCCUGGACCUACUCCUUCUACGACAACUGUCGCCGCCUCCGCUGUUUCCCACAACCUCCAAAACUAAACUGGUUUUGGGGUCACCAGGGCCUGAUUUCCCCCACAGAGGAGAGUUUGAGAGAAAGGAUUGAGCUGGUGGCCAUCUACCCCCAGGGCUUUAAACUCUGGGUGGGACCCAUCCUCCCCCUCAUCAAUUUGUGUCACCCGGACAUCCUGCGACCUGUCCUCAAUGCCUCAGCUGCCAUCACACCCAAGGAUAACAAUUUCUAUGGCUUCCUGAAACCAUGGCUGGGGGAUGGGCUCCUGCUGAGUGGUGGUGACAAGUGGAGCCAACAUCGUCGCAUGCUGACACCUGCCUUCCAUUUCAACAUCCUGAAGCCCUAUGUAAAGAUUUUCAAUAGGAGCGUAAACAUAAUGCAUGUCAAGUGGCAGGGCCUGGCUUUGGAGGGCAGGGCCCAUCUGGACAUGUUUCACCACAUCAGCCUCAUGACCUUGGACAGUCUGCAGAAAUGCAUCUUCGGCUUUGACGGCAAUUGUCAGGAAAAGCCCAGUGAAUAUAUUGCCACCAUCUUGGAGCUCAGUUCACUUGUAGAAAAAAGGAACCAGCAGGUCCUCUUGUUCAUGGACUUCCUGUACUAUCUCACUUCUGAUGGGCGGCGCUUCCGCAAGGCCUGUAGGCUGGUGCACGACUUCACAGACGCCAUCAUACAGGAGCGACGCUGCACCCUCCCCAGUCAGGGUAUUGAUGACUUCCUUCAGGCCAAAGCCAAGACCAAGACUUUGGACUUCAUUGAUGUGCUCCUGCUGGCCAAGGAUGAAGAUGGGAAGGAGUUGUCAGAUGAGGACAUAAGAGCAGAAGCUGACACCUUCAUGUUUGAGGGCCAUGAUACCACAGCUAGUGGUCUCUCCUGGGUGCUGUAUAACCUUGCAAGACACCCAGAAUAUCAGGAGCGCUGCCGGCAGGAGGUGCAAGAGCUUCUGAAGGACCGUGAGCCUGAAGAGAUAGAAUGGGACGACCUGGCCCAGCUGCCCUUCCUGACCAUGUGCAUUAAGGAGAGUCUGCGGCUGCAUCCUCCAGUUCCAUUGGUCUCCCGUCACUGUACCCAGGACAUUGAGCUCCCAGAUGGCCGAGUCAUCCCCAAAGGUGUCAUCUGCCUCAUCAAUAUUUUAGGAACCCAUCACAACCCAACUGUGUGGUCGGACCCAGAGGUCUAUGACCCCUCCCGCUUUGACCCAGACAAAGUCAAGGAGAGGUCACCUCUGGCUUUUAUCCCCUUUUCCGCAGGGCCCAGGAACUGCAUCGGGCAGGCGUUCGCCAUGGCCGAGAUGAAGGUGGUCCUGGCGCUCACGCUGCUGCGCUUUCGCGUCUUGCCGGACCACGCGGAACCCCGCAGGCAGCCUGAGCUGAUUCUGCGCGCGGAGGGCGGCCUUUGGCUGCGCGUAGAGCCGCUGAAGGCGGGCGGACAGUGACCCGCCACCCCACCCUCCACCCCACCCUCCUACCUUUGCAGGUUCCUGGGAAUAAAACUCUGCAGUCUCCUCUG